CUGCUGAUAGAUAGCGCGCAGUCCGGCGGGGUAGACAAUCUUUGUUAUCCGGUUCUUGUUGCACUAUCCUCCUUCACUAUGCGCUCCAUAAGCAAGCGGACUAGCACCGCCAACGCGGCUGAGGGCACCACCAGAAACUGCCACACUGCGCUCCAGGUACCCGAUUCUUCCAUCUCGCCCUCGAUUAGGACUACAGAAGCAGAAUCAGAAGUAGAAUACAGUGAAUUUCCUUUGGAUGUUGUAGUUGGGGUUUUGUCUCGGCUGCCGGUGAAAGCCCUAUUUCGGUUCAAGUCCGUCUCCACCAAUUGGGACGCCAUGAUUCCGUGCGACCCAUACCUUGUCUCUCUGCACCUCAAAAACUACACCAAUAACCCCGCCACCACGUACUCCCUCCUCUGCAACUACCUUGAACACUCUUUAAAGACUCUGCAUAUCGCCGCCGAUCAAUUUCACUUUCCCCCAAUGAUCAACGACCCAUCAGUUUUGGGCGACUACAGCUUGCUUGAGAGUGGUGGCCUGUUUCUUCUCGCCAACCCAUAUCGCCGCCGUCCCGAUUACAGUUUAUGGAACCCUUCAACUUGAGAAAUUAGACUUCUUCCCGACCCCCCUCCGGCACCUUACAUCCCCGGCUUCCUACCACCAUGCAGUUCAUGGCAUUGCAACGUUGGU